UGGCAUGAAAUUCAUGGCAUCGUAGAGGUAUUAGCUUAUUCGUAUCAUAUUUUUCUUUGGAGCAGUACUGCUUAAAGGCCAACAUACAAGAAGAAGAAGAAGAAGUAUCAUAUUUUUUGCGGCGUGAUGGCAUCAUUAGAGGCGAGUUCCAUCAUGUAUGAUGUGGAAAAGGAAUGGAGCUUAAUUAAGAGGGAAUUUAUAAAUAUAUUAGAAAGAGAUUAUUUCGGGUAUAACCGACACUAUCCCAUAGAACCUGUCGGUAGCCGUGGCCGUGAUAAUUCGACUCAACGCUAUGCUACCGCGAUGGUUGAUCACGGGUACAUCGAACGAUUAUAUACGGGAAUGACGGAAGUCGUAACACAACAUCUUGAAAACAAUGUGCGAGAAGAUGUUUGUCGUUCCUUCGAUAAUAACUUCCUACAAACUUUAAAUAUAGCAUGGAAAAAUCAUUUACAGUCAAUGGACAAGAUCAAAGAAUUCAUGGUGAACGCGAAGCAUCCAUGGGAUCAUAAAUUAUGGGAGAAGAAUGUGUAUAAUUUUAUAUUCGUUGUUUUUCGAGAUCAGAUAGUCAGAUAUGAAUGUGUUAGAAACCAUUUACGGGAAACAUUAUUAGGUAUGAUCACGAGGGAAAGAAGAGGAGAAGAAGUUGCAGAUCGUAGCGCUAUAGAAAAAGCCUGCCAAAUGUUAAUGGUACUUGGAAUUAAAAAUUACGCUAACCGUAAUCUUCGAGAUCCUGAUAUUUAUCUAGAUAGACUUUUUUUUGCUAUUACAUAUGGUUGUGAGGACCUUGAGUAUUUUGAUUAUAAGUCCUAUUUAAAACCUUAUUUACAACAAAAGAACAAUCGCCAAGUUUAUGAGGAAGUUUUUGAAAGGCCUUUUUUACUACAAAGUGCUGAGUUUUAUAGAGAGGAAUCUAAAAAAUUGCUGAUGGAAAAUAGUGCAUUAUUGGAAUAUAUAGAAAAGGUUGAAGCCAGAAUCCGCAAAGAAUCUGAAAGGGCAAAACAUUAUUUAAUUCAAUCAACUGAAUCACGGAUAGUAAAAGUUGUAGAAGAAGAGUUAAUCAAAGUACCCAUGAAAACCAUUGUUGAGAGGGAUGUAGCACACAUGCUCAAAAAUACGCAAAUAAAUAAUCUUUAUAAAAUGUAUAAACUAUUUUCGAGAGUAUCAGACGGAUUGCGCACUGUGUUCGACUGUCUAUCUCAGUUCCUCAGAGAGCAGGGCCGUGCGUUAGUGCAAGAAGAGCAAGAAUCAACCACAAAUGCCGUUCUUUACGUCCAAAGCUUGUUAGAGUUAAAAGAUCGCUUUGAUUAUUUUCUAUAUUAUUCUUUUAAUAGAGACAAGAAUUAUGAAAAGAUGAUAGCAUCGGAUUUUGAAUACUUCCUUAACUUGAAUCCUAAAAGCCCGGAAUAUCUGUCGCUAUUUAUCGACGACAAAUUAAAGAAAGGCUUUGAAGGAAUGACAGACCUGCAGAUUGAAAGGAUCCUAGAUAAAACUAUGGUUUUAUUCCGUUUCUUACAAGAAAAGGAUGUAUUUGAACGGUACUAUAAACAACACUUAGCCAAACGAUUAUUGUCGAAUAAGUCUGUUUCAGAUGAUAGUGAACAGAAUAUGAUAUCCAAACUUAAGACUGAAUGUGGAUCUCAGUUCACAUCAAAGUUAGAAUGCAUGUUUCAGGAUUUAACAGUCAGCAAAACUAUUAUGGAUGAAUUUAAGGAUCAUGUUCUUACGUCUGGCACAAAUCUACAUGGUGUGGAUCUAAAUGUCCGAGUGCUCACAACUGAUUGUUGGCCAAUGCCAAUGCAAUCAGCCACUCCAUGCAGUAUGCCCACUGCUCCGCGUGAUGCCUUUGAUGCCUUUCGGCGUUUCUACUUAGCUAAACAUAGACGUCGAAAAUUAACGUUACAGUCACAAUUAGGUUUUGCUGAUCUAAACGCUGUAUUUUAUGGACCACGAAAAGAAGAGAGUAAUUGCGGAGGCUUGGAUAUUCCAUCAUCUUUGAGUUCUAUUGGGAAUGAUAGCGCAAGCAGCAGCUUAGUAAGCCAGCGAAGCAGCAUGUGCGGUACACCACGAAAGCACAUAAUACAAGUUUCCACUUACCAAAUGUGUGUGUUAAUGCUGUUCAAUAGAAGCGAAAGGUUAACAUAUGAGGAAAUUCAAGGUGAAACCAAUAUUCCAGAGAGGGACUUGGUUAGAGCAUUGCAAUCUCUUGCCAUGGGUAAAGCUACACAAAGAAUUUUACUUAAAGACCCUCAUACCAAAGAAAUUGAAUCUACGAAUUGUUUCUGUGUGAACGACAGUUUUACCAGUAACUUACAUAGAGUAAAGAUCCAGACCGUAGCAGCAAAGGAAGAAUCCGAACCUGAGAGAAGAGAGAUGCGCAAUAAAGUCGAUGAAGACCGGAAACACGAGAUCGAAGCAGCCAUCGUACGAAUUAUGAAAGCCCAAAAUCAAAUGGCUCACAAUAUACUGGUAACAGAAGUAACAGAACAGUUAAGAGGUCAAUUUUUGCCUUCACCUGUAAUAAUUAAGAAAUGUAUCGAAGGCUUAAUCGAACGAGAGUACUUGGCUCGUACAGAGGAAGAUCGGAAGGUGUAUACAUAUGUUGCUUAAAAUGCUGAAUUCAAACAUGAAUAUAUGAUUGGGAAUAAGUUGAUCGAAAAUGGUAAAAUAUUGAGUACGGCCGAUAUUGCAAAUACAAAGACAAAAAAAAUAGAGAUUGGGUCAUUAUUGAGUGCUGAAAACUGUAAGAUGAUGUGUUUAUAUCCAUUAUAAAAUAUUUGAUUUGAAUUAGACACCUUAUACACUUAUAUAAUAGUUAACGUGCGUUUCUAAUGAUACAAAAUACAAUUAAGUUACCGAAGAUGAUUCACAUUGAUAAUACCGCAAUUAGAAACUUUUCUACACUUGUAAAACUGUGAUUGUCUAUGAUAACAAAUACUAUAUGAAUACCCAGAUAGCACAGUGACGUCAAAUGACGUAUUAAUUCCGUCAUAAUGCCGUCUCUAACGUCAUUAAGACGGCAUUAUGACGGAAUUAAUACGUCAUUUGACGUCACUGUGCUAUAUCUGGGUAUAUCGUGAAUUUAGGAAGAAAAUGGUACAUUUACAUAUAGUUUUAUUUACGUCGAUGUCGUUUAUUUUCUUAUAUAAAAAACAUAUGAAUACACAAGUG